UGAUUUCUGAUUUCUCACUCAGCCUUCCAACACCGACAGCCUUCCUUCGAAUCGUCUCUGACUCUCCAGCCGCCCAGCCUUCCUUCACGAAUCACCACCCAGCCACCGCCACGCCAAAGCAUCAAAGACUGAACUCUCCAGCCUUCCUUCACGAAUCGUCUCCGACUCUUGCGAUCUCUCUCUCACGGACAGAACUCUCGAUCUAGCACCGAGUCCGAGUCUCACUCUCACCCCAAAAUAGGGUUUUAGUCUGCGUGUUCCGAAGGCCAGUUCUCCAUCUAGGGUUUUGCCUGCGCUUUAAUUCCACCAUCUGAAGAGUAAGGAGGGAUUCGGAAUUUCAUUCGACUGCUCAGGAAUCCCAAUUCUUCAUCGUCAAGCAUGUCGUCUUUAAGGAAUGCCGUUAGCCGACGGGCUCACAAGGAGCGAGCUCAACCGGAAUCGAGGAAAAAAUUUGGGCUUCUUGAAAAGCAUAAGGACUAUGUUGAGCGUGCGAAAGCAUAUCACAAAAAGGAGGAGACUUUACGGGCUAUGUCUCGUCUGUCUUUUCACUCAACAGAUACUGAAGCAGAAAGCCUUCUACAGAAACCCAGAUGAGUUCAACUUCAAGAUGAUCAAGACACGAACUGUUAAUGGAGUCCAUAAAUUAGAGAGUCAGGCAAACAAGUACACUCCAGAAGAGCUCAUGCUUAUGAAGACCCAAGAUAUUGGAUACAUAUUUCAGAAAGUGCAGAGUGAGAAAAAGAAAAUUGAAAAGUUAACUGCGACACUGCACUCUCUUGAUAAUCGGCCUUCAAGUAGACACGUUUACUUUGCCGAAGACAGAGAGGAGGCUAGAGAAAUUCAAUCAUGUUCAAGAAGUGGAAAAAUGCCGGUUUCUGAGGACAUUCCUGAUCAUAUAAAAAGGAAAACAGCUGGUUCCUACAGAGAGCUUGAAGCAAGGAGUAACAGAGUCAAUGAGUUGGAGAAAAUCUAUAUGGAUAUGGCAAUGCAGAAGGAAUUAAAGAAAAAGGGUAAAAAACGCAAACUAUGUGAAGAUGAGAUUGUCUCCCCAACAUCCAACCCUGUAUUCAAGUGGCGGGCAGAGCGGAAGCGGUAAAAAGGAAUGAGCCUGCUAGUGACAUCUAGGCCCUGGAAAAGAAGAAGUACGGACCUUAUGUACCGGAAAUUUUGUCAUCGUUAUUAUGUCAUCGUUAUGAAUUUUUAAAGUUGCGAAGUCUGUUGGAGUAUGAUAUUUAAACUGAAACUUUCUACCGAGUAGUGACUACUUGAUCUCUGACCAAA